GUUGCGCAUGAAGUGCUUCAGCUUGCGGGUGCUGCUGAUCGCGUUGCUUUGUGUGUUGGCCGAGCCUGCGAUUGGCUUUCUUCUGGCUGCCUGGACCCUGUGGAUCUACUCAUCCUAGACCACCGCGGAACUGUCUACCACGAGGAUUUGAGGAAUGCUGAACACCUCUUGAGCCAGCAUGCACGCGUUCUCGCUGACAACGUUUUGCACCCAGGCGCUCCGAUGUUCGUGCUUGACGUCCAAGACAGGUAUGAUGUGGAGGUGCACACAGUGCCGGAGUUUGGCAUGCCAGAGGUGGAGGAUUGGCUUCUCCUUUGCAAGCCCAAGACGUGGCCCAUCGCAGCAUCAGACGCCGACUAUGCCUCAAUGCAUUUCGCAGAAUUCCGGAGAUGGGCUGUUGAGGUGAACCGAUUGUGCCACCAAAGCCAG